CUGCCUUUCCCCUGCCCCAAGGGAACCUCGGCAAACAAAAUCCCCCACCCCCACACGCCGAUGUGAUGUCCACCGCCCCCAACUCCGACUCCGACGACCACCACGACGCCGGAACCAUCAUGGCCGACGUCCUCUCCAAGGGCCGCGAAUCCUGCUACAAGGCCCGAGACGCCUUCUACGCGUGCGUGGAGAAGCACGCGGACAAGAAGCCCACCGAGAUCGCCACCAUGGGGCUCCUUUACCCCGCCGACUGCAAGAAGUCCCGCGCCCAGUACGUCAACAGCUGCCGCCCCUCCUGGGUGAAGCACUUCGACCGCCAGCACUGCGCCAAGAAGCGCGUGCAGAGGCUGCUUGACGGCGACGACGACCGCCGGGGCCCCAUGGCGCUGCCCCAGCCCUACACGUUCAAGCAAUAGGUCAGCUCUGCUGUUGGUUCUGCUCUUGGUGCCGUACUGACUAGGAUCGUUACGUCGGUAUCUGGCUGCGAUGUCAUUGGUUUCUGAGUCAGUACUGUUGAGACGGAUGCUUAUGUGUUGUGUAGCGUGUAGCAUGUUCAAGGAAUUGUGAAUGGAUGGAAGGAACUUUUCUCUGCAUUUACUGCAAUCAGGAUCGUUGUUGUAGUACUGUGGUUAUCCUUAGUGGAGAUCUUCGUUGCACUACUGUUCAUAAUCCUUACAGAACCUUCUGUCAUUUCAUUUUUUCCUGAUGGAUGAAAGUUAAGAUGCGAAAUGUUAUUUUGGAGUGAACAAUUCUUCUGC